AUGUUAUCAGGAGGGACCAGUACCUGGAUAAGGAUAUUACGUUUAGUAAAUUGGAGGGAGAAGGCACUCUUUGAAGUGGAUGGACACUGUGGUUCCAACAACGGGCUCAAACAUAAGAACAGUUGUGAAGAUAAUGCUGGGCCAGGCAAGUGUCGUGGUCUUCGUACUGCUAGGAAGCUCCGCAGCCACCGACGGGACCAGAAAUGGCACGAUAAACAGUACAAAAAGGCCCAUUUGGGCACAGCUCUGAAAGCCAACCCCUUUGGAGGCGCUUCCCAUGCAAAAGGAAUCGUAUUGGAAAAAGUCGGAGUGGAAGCCAAACAACCAAAUUCCGCCAUUCGCAAGUGUGUCCGUGUCCAGCUGAUCAAAAACGGCAAGAAAAUCACAGCCUUCGUGCCCAACGAU